UCUAGAUCGAGUUUUGAUGUAGCGCCAUCUACGUUAACUGUAACAUCAUCGAGCUCCGUGGCAUUUUCUCAACUCGACCGAAUCAAGGAUAGAUUGAGCUCUAUGGGCAUUCAUCACAAUUACAAAGAGGGAGAUUAAUUCAUCAAGUGCCGUACAGGGCUUGCUCUAUCUGGAACUCAACAGAACAGUCACAGGGGAUCAUUAAUCUACAUGUACCUGGUGUACAGUGACACUUUUUGAAAACCUCUUGGAGGCUCUAUCAAGCCCAGGAAUCUGCAAAACCAGCCAAUAAAUCUCCUUUUCUCCUCCUGGAUGUUAGUCCAGGAAGCCAGAAGACACAGGGUGACAUCACAUCAAUUAGCCAGUUAAGGAAUACGAAAAGUGAAUACUUUCUGGACUUGCAUGACCAUCUCCAUUGCCUGUCCGAACAAGCCAGAUAACUUAUUUAUCAGGUCUAGACUAAGUGACUAACAACAAAAUGGGUAGGAGAGUAAGAACUGUGAGGAGAUGUGCUGCAUAUCUGCACCUGCUCAGCUGCCUUGCGUUUGGACUCUGCUCUAUAGGACUAGCCUACGCACAUGAUGGAUCUCAAAGUAAGGAGCAAAAGGUAGCCCUGGGGGACCCCGCAGCUGCAAUAGCCCCUGGGGAAUUAAAGGACAAUGACAUCAUAGUGAACGAAGACAAGGGAGAAGGGGGUCUGGAUAGCCCAGGGGAGAAAGGAAGAGUCGAUCUCACGUUCGUCCACGCAUUUGUGGCGUCACUUUCCGUAAUCAUUGUCAGCGAACUGGGAGAUAAGACAUUCUUUAUUGCAGCUAUCAUGGCUAUGAGGCACCCGAGGAUUACAAUCUUUGCUGGUGCUCUGGGUGCACUUGCAGUUAUGACCGUUCUUUCAGCGAUGCUUGGUUAUGCAAUCACCAUCAUUCCCCGCAAGUUCACGUACUACGCCUCCACGGUGCUCUUCUUCAUCUUUGGCAUCCGCAUGCUCCGGGAGGGGUGGGGCAUGUCGCCCGACGAGGGGCAGGAAGAGCUGGAGGAGGUCCAGGCUGAACUAAAACGGAGGGACGAGGAGAGAGAAAAAGAGAUGAAAUCUAGUAUGACCCAAGAUCCAGAAUCGGGGAUAAUUAGAGGAGGAUACAGGCGGAGAGUUUUAGGCAUCUUUUCUCCUAUCCUAUUGGAAGCCUUCACGCUCACAUUCUUAGCGGAGUGGGGAGAUAGGUCGCAAAUGACUACCAUUGUAUUGGCAGCUAGAGAGAAUGUUCUUGGUGUGACGUUAGGUGGUACAUUAGGACAUGCCUUCUGUACAGGAUUAGCAGUAAUAGGUGGUAGGAUGAUAGCACAAAGGAUAUCAGCGAGAACAGUAACGUUGACUGGAGGGGUCGUCUUCUUAGUGUUUGCUCUAUCGGCACUCUUCUUUUCACCCGACGAUUCAUGAGGGAAUAAACCCAUCGCCGGCAUCCCAUUCACCUCACAUGGGUUGAGCGCAGAGCAGUAUGGAUUUUUUUGUCAAAGGAAAUGAAUGUCUUGGAGGAGGAUUUGAACCCAUGACCUGAUUAAAAGACUAGAGUCACGACCACUAAACUGUCACCCUUUUUGUAUGAUGGUAGUAAGAAAUGUAUGUUUCAUCGUAUUAUCAGUGGAAAAAGAUUGGACUUUUUAACAGCUCAACAAGUUGUAUAAGUUAGCUACAAUUUGUAUCUUGCUUUCAUUUGAUAAUAGAUCGAAAGUAUUGCAAAUAUAGACAACUCAAAUUUGCAAUUAAUGCCAGAGAAACUUUUGUCUGUCCGGUCCGUUGGCAAUAUAAAGUUUGCCAGAAAAUGGCAGAAUUGUAUCGCUUACAGGCACUGAAAUUGCAUAUAUAAUUAUGUUGAAAUAGUGUGUUGGAGUUUGUUUCAAUAUAAAAGUUUUAAAAUAACCCUGUAUUUUACCAUUAUGGAGCUUGAAUUUAUAUAUAUCUGGAACCAUGCAAGUGAGUGUAUGUAUUGUUGCUUCCAUCUUGUGCAUGUUUCAAAUCUAGUUAGCACUCAUGUUGUAUGUGCAUGGCGUAGACCGUCCAAUGUCAUUACUGUUCAUAUCUAGAAUGGUAUACAUGUAUGUGCCCUGUGGGUAUAAAUUAUUGGUAGGAAUUUCAGUCAAAAUGAACAGCGGAGACUUGAAAAUAUUCUAAACUAUGUGUAACUAGAUCUUUAAAAUCAUGGUAUCACUUUCAUUUCCUUGAAAAUAAUAAAGCAGUUCAAGACAGUUUUGAAAAUCUGCUAAACAGCCACCUUGACUAGAAAUUCAGUUAUUGAUUUAACAUGAAGGGCUGCAUGUAGGCUUUUGUAACAAAUAUACUGGUAUUCUGAGAUGAGAAAAUAAAUCAGAGAGAAGUCUUUAGUAUGCAUUUUUUUUCUUAUUUAUGGAUUUAUUUGCUUCCAGUAGCUGGUAAGUGAGGUAGGUUCAAUUUACAGGAUUACAUAUGAAAUAUUAGCGAGUCUUCCCCAUGUGAUUAGGUUGUAAGGUUCUAAAUCUUGUUUUUCAAAUUGAAAAAAAAAUGCAAUGGAUAAAGAAAUGUGAUGCAGUUCACAUUGAAACUGGGGAUAAUUUGCAAACUAUUAUUUACAUGUAUCUUCUGAAAAACAUAAUUUUUUUUCGAGAUAUGCUCCAUUGAUAACUUAAUUGUACAUUGCAAAGGUAUAUUUGUGAUUCAGUUAUACAAGUCAUGUAUUGUUUUUUAUAUGUUCUGUCAUUAGUGCCAGUAUCCACCCAAGUUUUCGACCAAUCAGAAGCCUUUUAAUGUGUCUCGUAAAAUAUAUGCAAAUAGCAAUAUCCUAUUACCUGGGAAACUUUUAAGUGAAACCAGGGGGCAGAUUCAUAAAGCAGUUGGUAAGUUAAGAGCGACCUUGAGAAUGACUGGUGAACCUUUCUUGUGGAACAUCCAAUGCACAAUAAUGUUCAUUGGCGAUGGUUUAGCGCUGAAUAAAGGUACACCAGUCGUUCUUAAAGUCGCUAUUUUAUGAUCAGCUUUAUGAAACACCCACCAGAUGAAAGAGAAUGCUAAGCUUUAAAGUGAUAUGUCGUAUAUAUGAUUGAAUUUAUUAUGAUUAAUCAUCAAUUUUUGAUUUAGUUUCUUUAUCAGGGACACACUGCAUUAGAUAGUGGAUUUAUUUUUACACAUUCAUAGGCCCUUUCAAUACAGCUCAUAUCUAUUAUACAUGUACAGAGCUAUUAAUUAUAGCUUUAAAAAAUUGAACAAUCACUGAAAUUUCUAAAUUGGCAUUGUGAUUGAAAUGUAAUGGUUAUUUUUUCGAUUGAAAUAUGGCAAAUUUCUAGCUUUUAAAUACAUUUUCAUCAAUCUCUAGUUACAUGUACAUGUACAUCUGGAUACUUCAACUGUAUAAAGUAAAAUACCGCAGUGAAAUGAAAAUAUGAAUGUUGCCAAUUUGCAGCAUGAAAGCUGAUUAAAUCCUUAAUAGCUAAGGCCGGUGACAGAUGAUCCAGUAUUCUUCAGUUGCCAAGGAAUUAGUAUAGUGAAUUAUGUAAAUUUUUUACUGAACUAAAGAGAAAAUAUAUACUGAUGAAUAUAAGAUGUGUGAAACUUUUCAAUUGAGGUGGCCAUUCCUCCCUUAAUCAGGCUUCAGUGUCAAUGCAAAAAUGGUUUUAAUGUAUAAUGCUACACAAUAUGUACAGUCGCACCAACGAAACUGACUCCAAAGCGAUCGAUGGUAUGUCAUAGGAAAUAAUGUAAGAGAUAUGAUCGGUCUGGAGUCGGUUUCGUUGGUGUUGCUGUAGCAUAAUGUUUUUGAACACUGUGGAAGCUUGUGUCCAAGGAGCUGGAUAUCACCAAUGUGAUGGUGCAUUGUAUAUCAAAUGCAACCAGGGCGCCGUAACAUAAAGGAUAGUGAUUAAUCGCUAAAUGAAAUGACCAAUCAAGAUCCUCAUUGCAUGCGCAUUUUGCUAAAAGUAGACUGACUACAUGUAUGAAGCAAUCAGAUUUGUUCUUUGAAAUUAGCUAUCAAUCGCUAACCUUUUUGUUACGGGGCCCGGGCCCAGGGGGUGUUUCACAAAGAUUAAAGGGUGACUCAGAGUUGCACUUAAAUUUUGGUUAUAUGAAGAGCUUAUUCCCAAAUGGUACUCCAUCCAUCUUUGUUACUUCAGAGAAAAAAAAUGCAUUUGUGUACAGAAUUUUGUACAGGUGUCUGGAAAAUUGAUAUUACUAGGUGCAUUUUUAAACGGUUGUUUAAAAAAAUUGAGGUUAAAGCUUUUGUGCAAAGACAGGUGCCUCAGUGAAUAAUGUUGGUAUAUCAAUAUUUCAAUUCUCAUCAAAAGCGGAUGUAGUACCUUCUGGAACUAAGCUCUUCAUAAUGUAGUUCACCACCAAAUUAGCCAGAUCAUGCUCACAGUAUGGCACUACAACGUACAUGUAUCUAUCAAUCAAAAUUACAAGCAUAUGUGUGUUGGCAUUAAAGCAUGACUCUAAUUCACACUUAAAUUUUUGUGAAACACCCCCCUAGAAUUUAAUUGAGUAUUUUAGUCGCUCUUAACUCUCAAAGGAAUAAAUACAUUUAGCCCCCAGCUUUUUAUUCAAGGAAUGUAGAUAUUGUUCAUUCAUAAAGAUAUUAUUUAUGUAUAUGUGUGAAUAUAUAUUUUGGAUGCAAGUCAUCUCAUUUGUAUUACAAGUGUUUGAUGAAGUCGAGAGCAAUUAUCAAUGCAUGGUGGACUUAGGGUUGUCUGGAAGUACUUGGAAGAAAAGUUACCUUUGUUACUGUUCAUCAUGAUGUACAUGUGCACCUGUAGAAAAUCUUUGCAUUUUCAAUGAAACCUGUCCACUGAUAUUUAAACAUGUACAUGUAGGUGUGUGUUUUACCACACAGAAUAAAUGAGAACAAUUUCUACAAUAAACUUCAAUAUUUGGAAUCUCUGAAUUAGUGGAGGAAUUUACUGAUGCUAUGAUGCUAUGAUGCUGUCGUGCCAUGUAGCAAGAAUAAGUUAUCGACGAGUUUCGUAUCGAAUGUCAUUCAGUCUGUAAUCCAAAGUUUUUAUUCCGGUUUUGUCCUUGUUGAAUGAGGGUGACCAGGGGCCCGUCU